AUGAGCUUUUUGUUAAGAAACCAUGAAGCUCGUCCUGUUGGUUCCGCAGCGGUGCCUGAAGCACACGCAGCUACGCAUUUUAGACGAGGAAAUAAUCAUGGUAAUAAAGGCAAACGUGGAAAUGGUAAAGGAAAUCAACGUGGGGGCCACAAAAAUGAACGAGGAAAGGGUGGCCGUUACCAGCCGUACCAACGGCCGCUAAAAAUUGCGGAACCAAAGGAACCGAAGCAAGAAAAGGGAAAGGGUUCUUCUAGUCAACCUCCUCAGAAAAGUGUUUUCUAUCGGUGUGGCUUAACUGAUCACUGGAAGCGUACCUGUCGUACGCCGGAACAUUUUGUUAGGCUCUAUCAGGCGUCCCUGAAGCGACCUGCCGAAGACAUAGCGACAAAUUUAAUUGAAGCCAGUGCCCCCAGUACCAGUGAUACCCACUUGGAUGUAUCUGAUUAUCUCGUCGACCUUGAAAGUGGCGAGCCUAGUCAGUUUUCUUUUGAUGAGCUGUAG